AUGGAUUUCCAGCGGGGAACUACUGUACAACUCGGUUCAGUUGAGUACCUCAGAUAUUUGCCCGCGGAGCUUUCGAAAGAACUGAAGGAAUGUGACAAAAUAACACCCGUCGUCGUUCUUAACUCCGUUGGUUCGGAUAUUCUGCUUGAGAAUCUGGAGAAUACACUCGCGAAAUUAAUCGAGGAAGAUGAUGUCUUUACAUCAGAUUUCAUGGCGAACAAUCUGUUGGUGUUCCAGAGCCUGCAACUGGGAAGUUCCAAGGCCAACCUUCCGGUGGAGGUCGUGGAAUAUCUGGAGAAAACAGCAACAAGGUGCUUUUUCCUUCAAUGGACAAGUGACGAGGAUAUUCUUCCCCAAGGUCCCUACUUCGCUAGUCACAAAGGUCUACACCAGGCCUGGAGACUAUACGAAGACAAGCUUGCUGCAUUCGUCUCAACCACCUUCCCGGCCGAUCAUUCUAAUUAUGAGUUCAAUCCAGUAGGGGUUGUCGCUGGAACCGGCCUCCAUCGAGCGGUUGCUGUGCCGUCCCGUUUAUACUAUCCGAGGAGCGCUGCCAAGCCUCUGAACGGCAUCAGAGUCGCUGUGAAGGAUAACAUACACUUGAACGGGGUUGUCACCACACUAGGCAGUCGCUCAUACACGGAAUGCUAUGGUGUUCAAAAACAAACAGCAACAUUUGUCAAACAUCUGAUUGAUCAGGGAGCUGUCAUCGUCGGUAAAACUAAAAUGUCUUCUUACGCCGGUUCUGAAAUUCCUCCCGAAAAAUGCAUCGAUUACUUCCCUCCGUGGAAUGCGCGAGCUGAUGGCUAUCAAGGCCCAUCAGGGAGCUCUAGUGGCUCAGGUGCAUCCGCUGGGGGCUAUUCCUGGUUAGAUCUCGCCUUCGGCACUGACACUACUGGGAGCGCGAGAAUGCCUGCUGCUGCUCAUGGACUCUGGGGAUUAAAGGCGUCCUGGAAUCUUUUUCCAAUGCAAGGAGUGGUUCCAAGUGUCCCGCCCUUUGAUUCAUUUGGCAUAUUUGCGCGUAGCUAUAGUGAGAUACAGCGUGUGCUUCUUUCCUCCGGAAUUCCUGAAUUGGACGAGAGAAAGUUACCAAUUAGAAUACUAUACCCUACGGAUUGGUUUCCGUACAAAAAUCCUGCUCAGCAGCAAAUGACCGAGGAAUUCGUUGGAAUUCUAGAGGAACUUCUUGGCGUGACACGUACAAAUAUUUCGCUGAAAGAUGAAUGGACCCGGUCAGCACCAGAGAAUUUCCGCCAGAUUCCAAUUACUGAGUUCUUGUAUGAUAUUAUCAAAAUCUCACAGGCCAUCAGCCUUAUGGAAAUGGGAGAAGAGAUCACUGAAGAAGAGAGGGCCCAAUCUGAUGAUGAGACCAAAGUCUAUAGAGAUUGGAUUGACGAGAAGAUCCUCACGAAAGACUCAUCUGGUGCCCCUGAGGCGAUCAUGAUCCUACCCCUUGGCAGACCAGGGCCUAACUAUCGGGAUAUUGUACCACCACAACAGUACGUCACAUUGGAUUAA